UUGCUCAGAAGUGAGUCACUCCCUCAUUCUGCCCAUAAAUGGCACACAGGCCGGGGCGGUCUCUCAGUCCGAGAGUGAGACAGUGGCUUCCUGCUUGAAAAACACAGCAGCACCAUUAGGAAGGGAACAGCUACAGACAGAAACACAGAUCCGCAGGGGACCAAAGGCUAACUGUGCAAAAGGCCUGUGACCCUCUCCAUGGCAGAAAAGGAGCAGAUCAAACAGACCGCAGCCAAGGUGCUUGGUUAUGUGGAGAAAGUUUCUUCCUUUGCCUCCUCCAUUGAUCCACUGUUUGGCAUAGUCACCUCACUGGUUAGUGUGGUGAGGAAGGGUCUGGUGGAAGAUGAAGGUCAAGAAAUGGACAAAGACUUCCAGCAAAUCCAUAACAAGCUGGAGAGCAUCUCUGAGAAGAACAAGCUGACCUUGCGCCAGAUCCGCAUAAAUGAGGUCAACGAAGUCUUUGGAAAGUACGAAGAGUUCAUAAAGCACCAGUAUAAUGCCUUAAACACCAUGGUGGACAGGGUCAGGACAGACCCUAACAAUGGCAGUCAGUAUACAAAGGAUUUUGAGAAGACCUAUGAAAAGGACAAGGGCACUCUGAGCUUGGAUGUGUUUUAUAAGGGUAUCAUGGGCAAUAGGCAUUUCUAUAUUUUUGGGAGGCCACUGCUGAAUGUCUACAUGGAUCACUGUCACAAGGACAAAAAGAUUAUGGAGGCCAAAUGUGCUCACCUGGCCCAUCUUUUUCAAAUCGGCCUCAUGGCACUAAUGGCUUACCAAGUCGUCACAGAGGAUGAUGAAGAUGAGGUUAAGGAGAAAUGGACCCCAAGAGUCCAGGACAUUCAGGCUAAGAUGCAAGAGGUGCUGGACCAGUGUAACUAAUAGCCGAGAUUCCAAAUGCACUAAAAGGCUGUUUUAAUGUCGUCGUCUUAGUUUCCUAUGAGUGAUCAUGGGAAAUCAAUCAACAAAAACAAAUAUACUUAAAUGAGCUAUAGGAAAACUAUUUUUUCUUGCAUGCAACUGUGUUUUUUUGUGAUUUAAAUAAGCACUUAAAAUUCCAAAAUUUAUAUUCCAAUUUUUGUUUUCAAAAUAUUAUAUACUAUUGCAAAUCCUAGUAAUGCUGAAUGUAAAGCUGUAAGUUUUGCACCAAAUGUGUGUGUGUAUAUAUAUUGCUGCUCAUUAUAGUUAUUCAGAUAUUUUGCUACUGUAGACCAAACUGUUUGACCUGU